CUCUCUUCUUCGUCAACUCCACCACCACCACCACCGACUCAACAUAUCAGCAGAAAAUUUCUAGAGAGAUAAACUGAAGACUCCUAGAGAGAGAAAGUCGCGUCUGGGACUCCCAGAGUAUUUCGAAAUGGCAGACCUCGUUCCCGCUAACGGCGAUUUCCCGGCGGUCCCGUCCCACGGCGGCCAGUACAUCCAGUACAACAUCUUCGGCAACCUCUUCGAGAUCACGAACAAGUACCGCCCUCCGAUCAUGCCGAUCGGCCGCGGCGCAUACGGCAUCGUCUGCUCGGUUUUGAAUUCGGAGACGAAGGAGAUGGUGGCGAUCAAGAAAAUCGCCAACGCUUUCGACAAUCACAUGGACGCCAAGCGCACGCUCCGCGAGAUUAAGCUGCUUCGCCAUUUGGAUCACGAAAAUGUCAUAGCUAUCAAGGAUGUGAUUCCUCCACCUCUAAGGAGAGAAUUUUCAGAUGUGUACAUUGCGACGGAACUCAUGGAUACCGAUAUGCAUCAAAUUAUUCGCUCGAAUCAGGGUCUGUCGGAGGAGCAUUGUCAGUACUUCUUGUAUCAGAUUCUGCGAGGGCUGAAAUAUAUACACUCGGCGAAUGUUAUUCACAGAGACUUGAAGCCUAGCAACCUCGUGCUGAAUGCCAAUUGCGAUCUUAAGAUAUGUGAUUUUGGCCUUGCUCGUCCGACUGCAGAAAACGAGUUAUUGACAGAGUAUGUUGUCACCAGAUGGUACAGGGCACCUGAGCUUCUGUUGAGCUCUUCAGACUAUACCGCUGCAAUUGAUGUGUGGUCUGUGGGUUGCAUCUUUAUGGAGCUUAUGAAUAGAAAGCCUUUGUUUCCAGGCAAAGAUCAUGUGCAUCAGAUGCGCCUAUUGACAGAGCUUCUCGGAACACCAACUGAGUCUGAUCUUGGGUUCGUUCGGAAUGAGGAUGCUAGAAGAUAUAUAAGGCAGUUCGCCCCGCUUCCCCGUCAGCCAUUGGAGAAGCUUUUCCCACAUGUUCAUCCGAUGGCCAUUGAUCUCAUUGACAGAAUGUUGACGUUUGAUCCUACUAAAAGGAUAACUGUUGAACAAGCAUUAGCUCAUCCUUACCUGGAAAGACUACAUGACGUAGCUGAUGAACCAAUCUGCACCAAGCCGUUCUCCUUUGAUUUCGAGCAACAACCCUUGGGAGAAGAGCAAAUGAAAGAUAUGAUUUACAGAGAGGCUAUAGCACUCAAUCCAGAGUAUGCUUGAUAUGAAAAGCAGCAUUAGCAGUUGGUUUAUACAUCUAUAAAGUAGAAAGAGUUGCACUUCCAGUGGUCUUUGAUCAAAAAGGUUAUUAUGACCAAAAUGUUGCAAUCAUCAGUAGGCUGCUGAUCAAGUAACCGCGAUCGUCCUAUUUCAUCAAUAUCGUUACUAAGGUGGGUUUGUUGAUUAUUCAACAAUGAUCACACGUCGAUUUUAAUAGACCUCUAUGUUAUUUUUGAGGUCAGUUCCUCUUUGUUCUUUUCUUUUUGGCGGUUGAACUUGUAUUCUAUUUAUCUUGUUUGUAUCUUUAUUUUUUUGUUUUGUUUAUUGUUUUGCUGUACCAAAGAUGUACCAUGUAUAUCACGAUUGUAUUGACGGACCUAACUACGAUUCAAUAAAUACCUUUAUUCCUUGUGAGGCAAA